GUCACUCUGGGGCCGUUUCCCCGAGGCCGGCGCUCUGCUGGAGGCGGGAGGAAGAGGGGCCGGACUGGGGCCUGAAGAGCCGACGCCGUCUCCGCGGCUGCUAUGACCAGCGGGCGAGGCGCCCUCCGCAGCUCAGCGCACAGCUAGUCGCGGCCGCGCGCCCGCCGAAGCCGUCCGGGUUCCCGGUGCCUCCGCUCCCGCGGCCCGCUCCGCUCUUCCAGCGCCGCCCGCCAGGUGAGGCGGACGUGGAAUGAAGAUGACCGUGGAUUUCGAGGAGUGUCUGAAGGACUCGCCCCGCUUCAGGGCUGCUUUGGAAGAAGUAGAAGGAGAUGUGGCAGAAUUGGAACUGAAGCUUGAUAAGCUUGUGAAGCUUUGUAUUGCCAUGAUUGAUACUGGAAAAGCCUUUUGUGCUGCAAAUAAACAGUUCAUGAAUGGGAUUCGAGACCUAGCACAAUAUUCUAGUAAUGAUGCUGUAGUUGAGACAAGCUUGACCAAGUUUUCUGACAGUCUUCAAGAAAUGAUAAAUUUUCAUACAAUAUUGUUUGACCAAACUCAGAGAUCGAUUAAGGCACAGCUUCAAAAUUUUGUUAAAGAAGAUCUUAGAAAAUUCAAAGAUGCCAAAAAGCAGUUUGAAAAAGUCAGUGAAGAAAAAGAAAAUGCAUUAGUAAAAAAUGCCCAAGUACAAAGAAACAAACAACAUGAAGUUGAAGAAGCCACAAACAUUCUGACAGCAACAAGAAAAUGUUUUCGACACAUAGCUCUGGACUAUGUCCUUCAGAUUAAUGUUCUUCAAUCAAAAAGAAGAUCAGAAAUCCUAAAAUCAAUGUUAUCCUUUAUGUAUGCCCAUUUGGCCUUCUUUCAUCAAGGAUAUGAUCUCUUUAGUGAACUUGGGCCCUACAUGAAAGAUCUUGGAGCACAGUUGGAUCAACUGGUUGUAGAUGCAGCAAAGGAGAAAAGAGAGAUGGAACAAAAACAUUCCACUAUUCAACAAAAGGAUUUCUCCAGUGAUGAUUCUAAGCUAGAAUAUAAUGUAGAUGCUGCAAAUGGCAUUGUCAUGGAAGGGUAUCUCUUUAAACGGGCCAGCAAUGCCUUCAAGACAUGGAACAGGAAAAAGCCCGAUCAUAUCAGACGCUGGUUUUCAAUACAGAACAAUCAGCUGGUUUACCAGAAAAAGUUUAAGGAUAACCCCACUGUAGUAGUGGAGGAUCUCAGGCUCUGCACAGUGAAGCAUUGUGAAGACAUUGAAAGAAGAUUCUGCUUUGAGGUGGUCUCGCCAACAAAGAGUUGUAUGCUCCAGGCAGAUUCUGAAAAGCUGCGCCAGGCAUGGAUUAAGGCUGUUCAGACCAGUAUUGCAACUGCUUAUAGAGAGAAGGGUGAUGAGUCAGAGAAGCUGGAUAAGAAAUCAUCUCCAUCAACAGGAAGCCUAGAUUCUGGAAAUGAGUCAAAAGAGAAAUUAUUGAAAGGAGAAAGUGCUCUGCAGCGGGUCCAGUGUAUUCCUGGCAAUGCCAGCUGUUGUGAUUGUGGUCUGGCAGAUCCUCGGUGGGCCAGUAUCAACUUGGGCAUCACCUUGUGUAUCGAGUGCUCAGGGAUUCACAGGAGUCUUGGGGUUCAUUUUUCAAAAGUACGAUCUUUAACUUUAGAUACCUGGGAGCCUGAACUUUUAAAGCUGAUGUGUGAGUUGGGAAAUGAUGUUAUAAAUCAUGUUUAUGAAGCUAAAGUGGAAAAAAUGGGAAUAAAAAAACCACAGCCAGGACAAAGACAGGAAAAAGAGGCAUAUAUCAGAGCUAAAUAUGUGGAGAAAAAGUUUGUGGAUAAACAUUCUGCACCAUCGUCACCUCCUGAGCAGGACAAAAAGCUUAUCUCCAAAAGUUGCGAAGAAAAGAGACUGAGCAUUUCUAAACUUGGGCCAGGUGACCAAAUCAGAGCAUCUGUCCAAAGUACAGUUAAAAGCAAUGACAGUGGGAUCCAGCAAAGCUGUGAUGAUGGAAGAGAAUCUUUACCCUCCACAGUGUCAGCCAAUAGUUUAUAUGAGCCUGAAGGGGAAAGGCAAGAGUCUUCAGUGUUGUUCGACUCUAAACAUCAUACUCCAGGACUUCAGCUUUAUAGGGCUUCAUAUGAAAAAAACCUUCCUAAAAUGGCUGAAGCUUUGGCUCAUGGUGCAGAUGUGAACUGGGCUAAUUCAGAGGAAAACAAAGCAACACCACUCAUUCAGGCUGUAUUAGGGGGCUCUUUGGUGACAUGCGAGUUCCUCCUACAGAAUGGUGCUAAUGUGAACCAAAGAGAUGUCCAAGGACGAGGACCACUGCACCAUGCAACUGUCUUAGGACACACAGGGCAAGUAUGUUUAUUCCUAAAGCGAGGUGCCAAUCAGCAUGCCACGGAUGAGGAGGGGAAAGACCCCUUGAGCAUAGCUGUGGAAGCGGCCAAUGCCGAUAUUGUAACCUUGUUACGUUUAGCAAGAAUGAAUGAAGAAAUGCGGGAAUCAGAAGGACUUUAUGGACAGCCAGGUGAUGAAACUUACCAGGACAUUUUUCGUGACUUUUCACAAAUGGCAUCCAAUAAUCCAGAGAAACUAAAUCGUUUUCAGCAAGAUUCACAGAAAUUCUGAAAUUUUUAAGAGGAAAAUUUGAUGAAUUCCUAAUGUAUACAGCCUAAAAUUCAUAAUUUUUUUUACUGCUUUAAAUCUGCUUACUUAAUUUUGGUAGAUAUUGAAAUUUUUAGGAAAGGUACACAUUUGUCGAUAUUUUUAAAAAUUAAAACAUACACCUCAUUGUUAGAAGAGGGGAUUACUUUACAACUUCUUUUUUUCUUAAGCCUGUUUUAUAGGUAAAAUUUGAACCUAGGUUUAGGUCAUUUCUAGAUUACAAGAUUAAGAGGUUAGCAUCUUCUUUUGCCAGUAGGUGAUAGCCUUGAUGUUUCUUCCUUGUACACCAUUCCUGGGAUUAUUCAGUCAAGCAUGUCUUCAUCAUGUGGGAGCCAGUUAUCCUUCUGCCUCAGGAAUACAGCUUUUCCUUAGCUUCCUGAUGAUUUCUGGUGGUUUGGAAAUUGAUGUACUGGGUAAUCCAGCUACCAUGCACACAAUGUAUUACUUAAUUAGAACUAGAAAGUAUCUUUGACCCAUUGCUCAGAAAUGACAUUGUACUUCUUAGGCUAUUCAAUGGGUAUGUGUGUGUAUGUAUAUACACAGGCACACACACACAUAUAUAUAUAUUUGACAU